AUGGUCGCAGCCAAGGUGAUUGAGAGCUCACCUGUGGUGAUGCAGGUGGGCCUUGCAAUGUUUGGGAUCGGAGUGGUCUUGAUGAUCGUUGUUAACUGUCGAAUGCGCUGCCGAAGCGGUGCACGCGAAGGAGGGGUUGCUCCGGGUAAUCCGACGAUCAGACCGAUAGACUUCAGCAACUUGCCAAAACGGAGUAUGGCCGCGACGGUCACCGUCAUCGCCGCCACCCUGAUGUUUCUCAUCGGCAUGAUCCUUCUGGCCAUCUUCGGAAGAGAGCUCUUUACUUCCAAUCCCACGUGGACGAGCGGGGGCACCGUGACGGCUUUGGUGGGUCUUGCAAUGGUUGUCAUUGGGUGGGGCUUAGGUGCUGUCGUGGCCCAUUGCUCUCAGGGCCGAGGUGAUCCGAGUGCUCCACCGAGUUCCCAGUACCAGGCCUCUCCCCCAACCUAUACAGGGGCUCCCCCAGCCUACGCCGGAGGCGUGCAGGUGCCCGUGGUGAUGGCCCAGGUGGUGGGACAAGGAGCGGGAAGUCAGAAUGAGCAGACAGCCUAA